AUGCUCCAGAAUUAUUACACGAGCAAUGAGAUACUAAAAAAUAACUUUACUACUAUUUAUGAAUUUGUACUUUUGGGAUUUGAAAAUCUACAUAGCUUUAAAACUUUGCUAUUCUUUGUAUUUCUCAUUAUAUACAUUUCUACUGUGCUAGGAAAUAUGCUAAUAAUCAUAUUGGUAUCAACAUGUCCACAGAUUCAGUCCCCUAUGUAUUUUUUCCUAAGUCAUUUAUCUGCAUCUGACAUACUACUUACCACAUAUGCUAUACCAAAUAUGUUGUACGUUCUGUUGGAAGAAGGGAGUAUCAUAUCUGUCAGCGGCUGCCUCACUCAGUUCUACCUUAUCUGCGUUUCAACAAUUGUUGAAUGCUUUCUACUGAUGGUCAUGUCCUAUGAUCGCUAUCAAGCCAUUUGUAACCCUCUGCAUUAUAACUCUAUUAUGAACUUCAGAUUUUGCACCAUUCUUGCCUUCCUGUCCUGGUUUUUAGGCUCAGCAUGGCCAUUAAUUGCAGUUAUACCAGUAUUUAAUUUAUUUUUUUGCCAAUCCAAUGUCAUUGAUCACUUCUAUUGUGACUUUGCUCCAAUUAUGGAACUUUCAUGUUCAGAUACUUCACUUGUGGAAAAAGAAGUCUUCAUAAGCUCUUUCCCCACUGUUGUCCUUCCUUUUCUUUUUAUUAUUGUCACAUAUUACAACAUUUCCCAUACUGUUAUGAGGAUACCAACAACUGCUGGUCGAAGGAAAGCCUUCUCCACUUGCAGCUCUCACUUGGCGGUUGUAUCUGCUUACUAUGGGACAUUGAUAAUUAAGUACAUUGUUCCUUUUAGAGGGAAUUCUCACGUCUUAAAUAAGUCUGUAUCUCUUCUAUAUACAGUAUUUACCCCAUUUUGUAACCCCAUAAUAUACAGUCUACGAAAUAAAGAUAUUAAGAGCGCCAUGAAAAAAAUAUAUAUAGUGCCCUGGUCAUUAUGA